AUGGAGCUUCUCAGACUUGAAGAUCUCGAUCAUAGUGGAAGCAUCAAAGAUGGCUUGCCAAAAGAAAAAGAGCUAGAGCUCUUAAACGAAUCUUUAGUCCUUAUCAGAGACAUUGGUGAAAAAGCUAGAAGUACCCAAGUUUGUAUCGCUACUGCACAAGUCUACUUCCAAAAAGUAAAAUUCACAUAGUUCGCCUAUAAAAGGCCCUAUAGAAAAUUCAAUCGCCACUUUAUGGCAGCUGUGUGCUUGAUUUUAGCUUCAAAAGCAAACGAGGAGUCUAAACGCUUUGAAGAAAUUUGCAAGAUUUAUAUGACUGUUAUGAAUGAGCAUAAAGGUCUUAGAACCCAGCCUGAGGUACCGAGCAGUGUAAUAGAAAAAUUGAGAAAACAAUUUGUUGAGUGUGAAUAUCAGCUUUUAAUGGAAAUUGAUUUUCAAUUUAUAGUCUCAAUGCCAUAUCAUCACAUUUCACAGUUCUGCAGAACUUUAAGAGAUUUUGAGCCUCAAAUCAGAGACACAUUUUUAAAAGUGGCUUAUAAUUUCGCCAAUGAUAGCUUUCUUACACAAGUUCCGCUAAUCAGGGAUGCAAAUAGUAUUGCAUACGCCUGCAUAUAUUUGGCUAGUAAAUACAUAGAAAUAGAUGUAAAUGUAGACGCGGAUCCAGUAGCAGUUAAUUUGAUAUUGGAUCAGUACCAGCAAUAUAAUAGGUAA